CUAAAGGCCGAGCAGGGCCCCGGGGCGCGGCACGAGGACCCAGCCCGGGGUGGCACCGCGUGGGCCGGCCCGGAACCGCUCCAGAUCCGCUCGCACCGCUCGGAACCAUGGCCUCCUGUGCUGGGCUGCUGCUGCUGCUGCUGCUGUGCGCGCUGCGGGCCACCGCGGGGACCCCUGGCCGCUCCCAGUUCGCAGGCCGGGGCUGCUACCGGGCCCUGGCCGGGGACCCGGCUGCCCUGCCCGGACGCAGGACCUACCCCCGCCCUCAUGAGUAUCUCUCCCCCUCGGACCUGCCCAAGACCUGGGACUGGCGCAACGUGGACGGGGUCAACUAUGCCAGCGUAACCCGCAACCAGCAUAUCCCCCAAUACUGCGGAUCCUGCUGGGCGCACGGCAGCACCAGCGCCCUGGCCGACCGUAUCAACAUCCGGAGGAAGGGGGCCUGGCCCCCCACGAUGCUGUCAGUGCAGAAUGUUCUGGACUGCGGGGAGGCGGGUUCCUGUGAAGGCGGCAACGACCUGCUGGUGUGGCACUACGCGCAUGAACAUGGCAUCCCUGAUGAGACAUGCAACAAUUACCAAGCCAAGGACCAGGAGUGUAACAAGUUUAACCAGUGUGGCACAUGCACGGAGUUCAAGGUGUGCCACGCCAUCCAGAACUACACGCUAUGGCGGGUGGGAGAUUACGGCUCCGUAGCCGGGAGGGAGAAGAUGAUGGCCGAGAUCUACCGCAAUGGGCCCAUCAGCUGCGGGAUUAUGGCCACGGAGCAGAUGGAUAAGUACACGGGGGGCAUCUACAGCGAGUACGCAGAGGAGCCUUCCAUCAACCACAUCGUCUCUGUGGUGGGCUGGGGCGAAGACAACGGCAUAGAAUACUGGAUUGUGCGGAACUCGUGGGGUGAACCAUGGGGUGAGCGUGGAUGGAUGAGGAUCGUGACCAGCACCUACAAAGGCGGGCAGGGUGCCAGCUACAACCUGGCCAUCGAGGAUUCCUGCACAUUCGGGGACCCCAUUGUGUAAGGGCCCCCAGCAGUCCAGCACUGAGCACCUGUGAGCACUGGGGAGUGGGACGCCACGCCCUUGGCCUAUGGUGACCGCCAGACACAGGCUGCAGUGACAGUUCCUUGUGAGAACAGAAAAGGGCCCAGAACGGAGGCGCCUGCGUUUUCCUUGGUGGUUGGAUCAGCCAAGAAGGGAGUGGCGGGUGGUGAUCUCUCCUGGCUUGAGAGGUGAAUAAAAUACAGGAUCUGCAA